GAACACACCCCAAAGGGGGUUUGAUAAGAAAUCAGCCAACCGGAAUCUGAAUAUGGCGGGUGACAACCCAAAACUAAUUGAAAGUUGAAACCCUAAUCGGAAGAGGGUGUUGUUCGUGCGAAUUUGAAAGCUCCAAGCCUCCAAUCAUGGCGGGUGACAACGCCAAAUCAUCUUCCAACAACAUUCGACCUCCUCCUCCACCCUCUUCAUCCGCACGCAAAUCGCGUUGGGAAUCCUCGUCUUCAUCCGUACGCAAAUCGCGUUGGGAAUCCUCUUCUUCCGCCGCACCUACAACCACCAUAAAACCACCAUUAGGAACAGGGGACCCUAAAAAUAAACCUUCAACAACUGAUUUAACUACAAGAAAUUCAUCUGAUCCUAAACCCAAUCUUAAUCCAAUUCCAUCUUUACUCCCGAACUCAAAUUCACCUUACUCUGAAUCACCUAUUUCUUCUCAAAAUUAUGGGUUCCAUAUGCUUCAUAGUCGCACUAUUCAUCUUGCUGAUGGUACUAUUCGUUCUUAUUUCGCUUUACCCCCUGAUUAUAAGGAUUUUCCUCCUCUUCCCAUGGACCGUGUUGGAAUGAUGGGAAGUGAUGGUUUUCGCAAUAGGGAUGCUCCAUUUGGGCCUAAUUUCAUAUCUUUAAAGAGGAAGUUUGGUUAUGGGGAGAACAGGGGUGUAGAUGGGGACGAGUUUGCUCGCCGUAAACAGAAGCUAUUACAGUAUGGCAAUGCCAGUGCAAAUUUGGGCUCGGGUACUUGUGUUGGUGCUGGUGUUGAUCCUUCUGUGAUGAAGGCAUUUCUUUAUUUUGUCAAAUUAGUCAUUGAGAAUCCUGAUAAGAGAAAGAAUUACCUAGAGAAUGGCAAGCAUGGACCUCUGAAGUGUCUUGCAUGUGGCAGGUCUUCAAAAGAUUUUCCGGAUGUUCAUGCUCUUAUUAUGCAUGCUUACAACUCAGAUAAUGCUUAUUUGCGUGUGGAUCACCUGGGUUUGCACAAAGCUGUCUGUGCUGUUAUGGGAUGGAAUCACAUGAGGCCUCCUGAUAUCUCUAGGGACUAUCAACUUUUACCCGCUGAAGAAGUGGCUGCAAACCAGGAUGAUCUAAUCAUGUGGCCGCCCAUGGUGAUUAUUCAUAACACCAAUACUGGAAAGGGUCCAGAUGGACGCAUGCAGGGUUUGGGGAAUAAAGACAUGAAUAGGAAAAUUAGAGAUCUUGGUUUUUCUGGGGCCAAGGCAAAGUCAUUGUACGCUAAAGAUGGUCAUCUUGGCAUUACACUUAUGAUGUUUGCUGGUGACCAGCGUGGCCUGAAGAAUGCCAUGCGAUUGGCUGACCACUUCAAGAACGAGAGCCAUGGCCGUACAGAUUGGGUCAAUGUGCAAUCUACAGCUGCUGGCAAGGAUGAGGAGAGUGAUCCGAAUCUUGUGUUGGUGGAUCAGAAAUUAGGGGGAAGGAGGAGAAUACUCUAUGGAUAUCUUGCAACAGCUUUUGACCUGGACGAGGUGGAUGUUGAUACCCGAAAGAAGGUUACUAUUGAAAGCAAAUGUGAAAAAUUACAAGUGUAAAAGUGAUUGUUGGUACAUGAUAAGAUGAAGGAAGGAGAGGACUUAGGGUAGAAGGGUAGCAAGAAUCAAACUCAAGUUCCUCACGAAGAAAGUGAUAUAUGCUCCAACUAAAAUAAGACUCGAUUUUCAAGAAAGUGAAUGUAGUCGUAAUGUAACUAAUAUGAGCAGAAUACGAGUUGAUGCAGGGGAGGAUUCAAGCAUGUUCAAUCGUACAGGGGCCAAAAAAUUGAGGGCCUUAUUGUUUAAUUCCGUAGUAUAUAUUAAGUGUUAAGGUACAAAGUUGUUAGAAAAUAUCAUAAUUAUUAAAAUUGCACAAAAUUUUGAAAGAAUUUGUUAAUAUUUGCUCCGUCCUUGAGUUGAUGUGUCUAUUAAUUGAUGGUUAUGAAUUCGAUUUUUGAUAAUAGUUUUUGGUUCUCAAAUCAAAAAUUAUAGACCAAAAGAGAGAUGCUAGAAUAAGCACUCUAUCUGGAUGUAUUAUAGUUUUUGGUUAUUUAAUUUUAUUUUUGUGUAAAUUCUUCUUAGUGAAAUGGAAGAAUAUGGUUGCAUCUUAUUUUGUCAAUGGAGAAGCUGAAAAGAAGUGAAUUGAAUUUGUUACCGUAGUACUAAAGAUGACUAAUAAAUAAUCGUCACGUUGAAUUUGCCAUAGUUUUAGUAUUGUAUGUUUCUUUAAUUUUGCUAUAUUUUUAAUUUUAGAUAUUAAUUUUCACUUUUUAUUCCACUAAAAAAAAUUUCACCAAUGUGAUUAACUAGAAUAGGACACAAAAAUUAAUCCACUUU